AUGUCUUCUACCUUUGUACAACAGGUGGCCUCGCUUGGCCAGGAAAUUGUUCCCUACUUUACAAAAUGGUACACAGUACUCAUUCUCUUGGUUGUAACAUACAUUGCUGCAUUCAACAUCAAAGACGCAUACAUGACAUGGAAGUUGGGUUGCAAAAACCCAUUAUACUACAAACCAGCAGGUUACACUGGUGUCUAUUCACUAUACGAAAUAAUCCAACGUAAGAACAAGGGCGAGUUGGCUGAGUUUGCCCAGGAGGCAUUUGACGAAUACACUACAAACACCGUUUACGUCAAGAUUGGUGGCUUGAUGAAGAUUAUGUUCACCGUUGACCCCGAAAACAUCAAGGCAGUAUUGGCCACUCAGUUUAAUGACUUUAGCUUGGGUAUCAGACACGCCCACUUUGCACCAUUAUUGGGUGACGGUAUAUUCACCUUGGACGGCGAUGGAUGGAAGGACUCGCGUGCCAUGCUCAGACCACAGUUUGCUAGAGAACAGAUUGCCCACGUUAAGGCCUUGGAACCACACGUUUUAAUGUUGGCCAAACAGAUUGCCAACACCAAAUAUGAAACAUUUGACUUGCAAGAAUUAUUCUUUAGAUUUACCGUUGACACUUCGACAGAAUUUUUGUUUGGUGAAUCUGUCCACACAUUGUAUGACGACAAAAUUGGCGUUGCACCACCCAAUGAUAUCCCUGGCAGAGAAGCCUUUGCCGAUGCAUUCAACUUUUCACAACACUAUUUGGCAACCAGAACAUAUUCACAAGUUUUCCAUUGGUUAUUCAACAGCAAGGAGUUUAGAGAAAAUAACGCCAAGGUGCACCACUUGGCACAAUACUUUGUCAAGAAGGCGUUGAAUUUUACACCUGAAGAAUUGGAGGAGAAAUCGCAGGAUGGAUACACAUUUCUUUACGAGUUGGUUAAGCAAACUAGAAACCCAAAGACAUUGCAGGAUCAAUUGUUGAAUAUUAUGGUUGCUGGAAGAGAUACUACUGCUGGCCUCUUGUCCUUUUGUAUGUUUGAGCUUGCACGCAACCCAGAGAUUUGGCAAAGACUCCGUACUGAAGUGUUGGACAACUUUGGCGAUGGGUCAACAAAGGAGCAGAUUGACUCGAUUACAUUUGAGAAUUUGAAAAAGUGUGAGUUUUUAAAGUCUGUGCUCAAUGAGACCUUGAGACUUUAUCCUUCUGUGCCCAUCAACUUCCGUACUGCCACUAGGGAUACCACCUUGCCACAUGGUGGUGGUUCUGAUGGGUCCAAGCCAAUCUUUGUGCCCAAGGGUUCAACUGUUGCUUAUGCAAUUUACAAGACACAUAGGUUGGAAGAAUACUAUGGUAAGGAUUCGCAAGAGUUUAAGCCAGAUAGAUGGACUGAUAUGAAGCGUCUUGGAUGGGCCUACUUGCCAUUUAAUGGUGGACCAAGAAUCUGUUUGGGACAGCAGUUUGCAUUGACGGAGGCUAGUUAUGUGUUGGCAAGAUUGGCGCAAUUGUUUCCAACCUUGCAGAGUAGAGACGAGACGUAUCCACCUAAAAAGUGUAUUCAUUUGACAAUGAACCACGCAGAAGGUGUAUUUGUAGGAAUGAAGUAA